AAUACAUGCAAAGUGGUAGGGCAACUGAAAAGACCGAUGUUUAUAGUUUUGGGGUCCUGGUGCUUGAAGUACUGAGUGGAAAGCGGCCAACAGAUGCAUCAUUCAUUGAGAAGGGCCUGAAUAUUGUUGGUUGGUUAAAUUUUUUGAUCACGGAGAACAGACCACGCGAAAUUGUUGAUCUAAACUGUGAAGGGGUGCAGGUAGAAAGCCUUGAUGCCCUGCUUUCAGUUGCCACCCAGUGUGUUUCUUCAAGCCCAGAGGAUAGACCCACCAUGCACAGGGUGGUUCAAGUGCUUGAAUCUGAGGUCAUGACCCCAUGUCCAAGUGACUUUUACGAUUCCAACUCUGAUUGA